AAGGCAGUUGCGUUGAAACGGCGCUUGAGGUCGGACGCGUAUACGAACGUUAUAACUGAGACAGUUCCGGGAUACAUCGCAAAGCACUUCCGGAUGGUGGUGAUUUUACGCGUGUAAUAAAGCAUCUGGCAAAACUCAGGCAAGUUUAUACUGAGUAAGUUUUAACCGAAUAAUUAAAUCGCAAUUCUCAGUAUGCGGUCACACAAAAUUUUGCGCUGCAAUUACUUCCUUGUGUAACAUCGGCGUGUGCACCGCACAUUUAGCGCGGUAAUAUCGACGCGUCGUCUUUCUGUGACCGACACCACUGCCUGACGACAUGGUGCGAGUUCCCGCGAACUGGUUGUUGUUUUCAACAGUUUGAAUAUGAGAGUUGGCCGAUAAUUGAAACAAGUCGUUACGCAAAUGAGUUGUGAAACGGCUUGACAAAUCCGCGUGCGAAUUGAAUCUUGUGCGAACGUCGUCGCGACGUGAAAAAAAAAAAAAAAAGUAAAGCGAGAGAGGAAGCAUCGAUUUAACGGACUGCGCACGGAGAGACUGCUUUUGUUCGAAGGAUGUUUCGCGACUCGAGCGGGGUGUUCUGAGGUCAAACGAGCAAAAAUACCGCAUGCGACGAACGUGGUUCAAAAACGUCAGUCACUAUGGAAAUACACAAAAACAGUGACAUCAGCCAGAUCCAGGAGCAGAUGCUCAUUUCGGAAAAGGCACGCUGCAAUCAUGGAAAUACAUUAGGAACAAAUUGGUGUCCCGAGAUUUGGGAUGCGAUACUAUGUUGGAAUUCGACGCCACCCAGGCAAUUGGCCGUUCAACAUUGCCCGUCGUACAUCGUGGGUUUCGACGCUCAUGCAUUUGCAUCGAAACAGUGCAUGUCGGACGGCCAGUGGUUUUUCAAUGUCGAAACUCAGAGCACCUGGAGCAAUUACACCCAGUGCUACGGCGGACAAAUGGUUACCAUUCUGAUGAACGUAACAAACGAGCAGGCGAACAACGUUACCCUCAUUAAGACAUUUCUCCCGAUCGUGAAGACCAUUUCGAAACUCGGCUACGCGAUCUCGCUCUUCACCCUCAUCAUCGCGUUUUGCAUUCUGGCCACUAUCAAUUUGUCUCCCAUCGGACGUAGGAAGUUGCGGUGUCCGCGGAAUGUGUUACACAUGCACCUGUUCGCGUCGUUCGUGAUGCGCGCCUUCGCAGCGCUGCUGAAGGACGUGCUCUUCGUCUCCGGUAUCGGGCCGGGGGAUACUGUGAUCAAAGACAACGACGAGGGUUAUUGGCUGGUCAACGAGGAAGAGAGCAAUUGGCACUGCAAAAUGUUCAUCAGUCUGUGGCAGUAUUUCAUUCUGGCGAACUACUCCUGGAUCCUGAUGGAAGGAAUUUAUCUGCACAAUCUUGUCUUUUUUGCGCUCUUCACCGACGCCAAUCCCAGCAUUAUCGGUUACAUUAUUUUCGGAUGGGGUCUUCCGGCUGUGUUUGUUCUGCCGUGGGUAAUUACGAGGAUUGUAUUUGACGACACAUAUUGCUGGACAACAAACAACCAGCCUCUUUUGUUCCUCCUCCUUAUACGGAUACCUACAAUACUCUCUAUUUUGAUAAAUUUCGUGCUUUUCAUCAACAUUGUAAGGGUUCUGUUGAUAAAACUCAAAUCAACCAUGUCGGAGGAAACGAAAAGAUACAAACGAUGGGCUAGAAGCACGUUGGUCCUGGUGCCGCUCUUCGGAGUUCAUUACGCGUUCUUCAUUGGGAUGUCAUACAGCAUCGGCGUGAACGAAACUGUGGAGGUCGUAUGGCUCUUCUGCGAUCAGUUGUUCGCGUCUUUCCAGGGCUUUUUCGUGGCGGUGCUGUAUUGUUUCUUGAACGGCGAGGUGAGGGCUGAAGUGUCGCGAACGCUUCGCAGUGGUAAGUGGAAGUGGGUUCGCGGGAUGCGAUGGGACUCGUCGAGACCGUCGACCCAUUCGAUCAGCAUGUGCAGCUGCAACAACGUGUCGAAGCCCGUCGAUAACCGACGACCCUCGAGAAAGUCCAGAUGGUGGAAGUCGCGCUGGAAGGCGCCCUCGUACUUUUUCCAGGAUCGCGCCAAUCACCGUCGGUCCACUCACUCGAUGGCGAGUACACAAGAUGUUGGAACGAGAGGAGGUAGUUUAGCGAGCAGCAGAGGCUAUCUAGAAAUCACCGGUAACGGACAGAUGCACCCGACGACGACGCAAAAUCAACAUCCUCAUCACACAUCGCCGUUGUGCAGCAAAUACACGGGUCAAUCGCUGCUUUCUUUUUGCUCGAACAUGUCAGACGCAUCGGGAUCAAACGUCGACAGAAUCCGCGAGCAGCAUCGUUGGAGUGAUUCCGAAUGUUGUCAUCUCGCAUUGGAAUUGCACAAUUUACAAGAGCAGCCAUGAUAACGUUCAGAUUCUCCACGCAUGAUGUAAACAAAGUAUGUCUUUUCCCAUGGUAAAUGCGCGUUCGAACGAUAGCGUGUGUGCUAUUAUCUCUGUGAAGAAGAAAAAUAGAAUGUGAAAACCAGAACAAUUUGAUUUUAAAACAUAUAGGUUUAACUA